GAAUUUUAUUUUAAUUUAUUUCAACUAAAUGCAACAUGCUCUCCAAUCUAAUUGUGACCAAUCAAAAGGUCGUACUAAUAAUUGAUCAACUGAAUCGCGAACGAAUCGCACUGAGGUUCAUUGACAGCCUGCUGCACGAGCAAGGCGAGAGCGACGAAGUGAAGUCGUUGCCAAUUGGCACGCAACUCAAGCACGUGGCCAGCUUUGAGACCUUGUUGAACGAAUGCAGCAACAGCAGCAACAACAAUAACAAUAUCAGCAAAACCAAUUCAACGGAGCCAAUCACAAAGAGUGGCUGCAACAUCAUACUGCCAACGCUGGCCGAUCUUCUGUGCUAUCAGACACCUGCCUACAUCUUUGAUUUCCUCAAUCGUCUCCGCCGCUCCGAGCAUGUGCGUCGCGUAUUCUUGUGGGCUUCACCACAGUACUUACAACAUCCCGAUGCCGACUACAUUCUAGCCGGCUGUGAGUAUCUGGCGGAGUUGGUGCUGCGCCUGGAGACGGAUACAACAUUGUCGCUGAUAACGCGUAAGCCAGGUGGCGGCGUCAGCAACAAACGCUUCACGUGCCAAGUCAGCAAGACUGAGUUCCAAGUGACGCCGCUCACAGAUGCCACUGAUGCUAGUGCUUCAGCUGCCGCCUUGAAAAUCCAGGACGAUGGCGUUCCAGCUUCUGAUCCCGGUGGCACCUUUAAGAUCGAACUGGAUGAGGAUGAAGUUGUGGCGCGCAAUGCGCUCACAUUGCCAUAUGAACGCAUCAACGAAGCGACUGAGGGCAACAUCAUUUAUACGCCCGAUGCCGAUGAUGAUUUUGAUGAUGAGGAUCCGGAUGAGGAUCUGUUGAUCUAGAAAUGUGCUUGCACACCAAACGGCAGUACAAAUGGCCUUGGCUUUAAAUAUUUAAGUCUAACAUACAAAAAUAUACAAACAAAAAGAAAGA